AUGCGAGAAAGGUUUGAUCCUAACGAUGAUACAAGCCGGUUAAGGAUAAUUUUAAGGCAUGACAGGAAAAGUGAUGGAUGGACUGAGAAUCUACCAACUACUUACGAGGUUGCUGCAUUGAUACCUAAUGAUUUCGAUAAUGAGACAGAUUCACGUGAUAUCAUCAUCGAGUGUAAAAAGACAGGGAAUCUCAAAAGGAUCAGUGAACUACAUCCUGCGUAUUUGCUUUUGCAAUAUCCAUUAUUGUUUCCCUAUAGCGAGGACGGGUUCAGACUUGGUAUCGAUAUUGGUUUUGUAGAUACCGAAGGGAGGAAAAGGUUGCAUAUUACUAUGAGAGAGUUUUUUGCUUUCCGCAUACAUGAGAGGGUUGGCGAGUCACCAAUCAUCCUUUUAUCUGGAAGAUUAUUCCAGCAGUUCUUAGUGGAUGCAUACACGAUGAUUGAGACUGAUAGACUACGUUUCAUUUCAAUGAAUCAGUCUAAACUUCGUUGCGAAAAUUAUGAUAAGAUAAAGAAAACUGUUGAUGAAGGUGACACUGAUCUUUAUGACAAGGGUAAACGUAUUAUUAUACCUUCUUCUAAUACUGGUGGUACAAGGUAUAUGGUGCAACAUUAUCUAGAUGCGAUGACUACUUGCCAGCAUUUUGGUUUUCCGGAUCUUUUCAUAACCUUUACGUGUAAUCCCAAAUGGCCUGAGAUUACCAGGCACCUAAAAAUACAUAACUUGAAGCAAGAGGAUAGGCCAGAUAUAUGUACACAAGUGUUCAAGAUGAAACUAGAUGAUCUCAUGCACAAACUCACCAAAGAAAAUGUGUUUGGUGUCGUAAAACCUGCGAUCUACAGAUUGAGUUUCAAAAACGGGGACUACCUCAUGCACGCGUCGUUCUUUUUUUUAGAGGCUGGUCACAAGCUACCAACAGGUGAUGACAUUGAUAAGAUAAUAUGUGCUGAAAUUCCUGACAAGGAUAUUGAUCCAGCGCUGUAUGAGAUAGUAGGAGAUGUCAUGAUGCAUGGGCCAUGUGGUGCUUUGAAUAAGGAUAGUGUUUGCAUGGCUGAAGGAAAAUGUACAAAGUAUUUUCCAAAACUAUUCAGUCCGAUCACUAAAAUAGAUGAUGUUGGAUAUCCUAUAUACAGGCGACGUAAUGAUAAGAAAGUUAUCGUUAAAAAGGGUAUUGAAUGUGAUAAUAGAUUUUUGGUUCCUUAUAAUAGGAGCCUCACACUGCUUUAUAUGGCUCAUAUCAACGUCGAAUGGUGUGGACAGUCGCGAUCAGUAAAGUAUCUAUUCAAAUAUAUUCAUAAAGGUGCUGAUUACAUCCGUGCAACUAUCAAGAAUGAUGAUAAAGAAAACGAGAUUAAGAAACACUUCAACUCUAGGUAUGUAGCGCCUUCGGAGUCUACGUGGAGAAUUUUCGGUAAUCGUACUCACCAUCACACGGUUUCUGUAGUUAAACUACUCUUUCAUUUACCAAACCAGCAAAUGGUCAUAUACAACAAGGACGAUCCAAGUGACGAGGUUAUUAAACGUGUCUCAGUUGCUGUUAGUCUAUCUCAGGAGCAAGUUAAAGACUUUACUCUGGUCGAAACAGAACUUCUUUUACAUGUAAGUGGGAGAUCUUUAAAAGAAUUCACACCUAUGCCGUUUCCUGAAGAUAUUAAUCUGGAGUCACGUGAUAAUCCUCUUAUUUGGGAUGAGAGGAAUUACAAUCGCGAAACUCUUAGAGUUAGAAACGAGCAGAUGUUAGCCACUGUAACCAGCGAACAGAGAAGGGUUUAUGAUGAGAUCCUAGAAGCAGUAAAUAAGAACAAGGGAGGUAUGUUCUUUGUUUAUGGUUCUGGAGGUACUGGUAAAACUUAUUUGUGGAGUCUAUUAGGAUCUGCUCUACGUUCCCAAGGUGAUGUUGUUCUUAAGGUUGCAUGGAGCGGGAUUGCUGCGUUGCUAUUAGAAGGAGGCCGAACUGCGCAUUCAAGAUUUGUAAUCUCUAUCGUGGUUAAUAAGUUUACCUUCUGUUCAAUCAAGAAGGAGUCGAAUCUUGCCGACCUGAUAAGGAUUGCUAAACUCAUUAUAUGGGAUGAGGCGUUGAUGAUGAGUAAAGAAUGUUUCGAGACUCUAGAUAGAACGAUGCGUGAUAUAUUAGAAGUUGACAAGCCCUUUGGUGACAAGGUCAUUGUUUUGGGAAGGGAUUUCAGGCAAAUAUUGCCAGUGAUUCCAAAUGCUGGGAAGACAGAGAUACUUAUGGCCACUUUGAACUCGUCACCUCUGUGGUACAAAUGUAGAGUGUUGAGACUUACACAGAACAUGCGACUUAUAGCUGGAGAUAGUAGCCGUGCAAUGCUUGAACGAGCUGCCUUUACAAAGUGGAUCUUAGACAUUGAUGAUGGAACGAUAAAUGAUGAUGGGAGUGGUGAAGCCGUGAUUGAUAUUCCUGAUGAUCUGUUGAUUAAAGACUGUAAAGAUCCUAUAAAUACGAUCGUCAAAGAAAUUUAUGGGAGUUCGUUUUCGAAAGAGACUAAUCCUAAAUUUUUUCAAGACCGUGCCAUACUGAGUCCAAGAAACGAUGAUGUAGAGACGAUAAAUGAUUACAUGCUUUCAAAGUUGUCGGGUGUUGAAAGGACUUAUCUUAGUUGUGAUAGCAUUGAUACGGCUGAAGAAGUUGUCAAUUACAAUGAUGCAUCUGAAGUACCAUCGGAAAGUGUAGCCAAAGGCCGGUUAACAUGUUACGCCCGUGGUUCUCUAGCAAUAAAUCUCCAUGAUGUAUAUCAGAGAAACACAUGUGAAUCGGUUGUCUGGGUGUUAAGGUUCUGGAAGAUGAAAAAUGGCCAAGGUAUCGAUAAAAAGUCUGUGGUUCUCCGAUCUAAUCAUCUAUGCUCAGAUUUUUUGUACAAUCCUGUCGAUGCAGAAGUUGAUGCAUUUAGAGCGACGUGA